CCUCCCUCUUCCUGAGUGGUUUUCCCACUUCUGCUGCAGCACCGAAACGCCUUUUCCAGCUGAGUGGGUUUAAUCAGGCUCAGAUGUGAUCUGGCAGACCAGGGUCAGGACCCCACUGGAGCCAGUCAGCUUUAAAACAGCAGCUUUGCGCCAACUCCUGUGAAACUGAUCGGGACCAUUUCCAGCGGAUUUAUCAACAGUUACGGGGGCUUAAUCGAAAACCAACUCAGUCACUUCCACUGGAAAAAGAAGCAACAGGUUGCAGGAGAGAGAAGCUCAUCAUGCCGACCAAGAGCCAGUAUCUGCGCCCCCGGCUCUGCACGCUGCACAAGGGGGACAACGGCUACGGCUUCCACCUCCACGGAGAGAAGGGCAAGACGGGUCAGUUCAUCCGCCUAGUGGAGCCCGACAGCCCGGCAGAGUCCUCGGGGCUCCGAGCCGGAGACAGACUGGUGUUCGUGAACGGCGCUGAGGUGGAGAGCGAGAGCCACCAGCAGGUGGUGUCCCGGAUAAGAGCCACCGUGGGCCCGCUGGAGCUGAUAGUGGUGGACCCGGACACGGAGCAGCUGCUGAAGAAGCACAACCUGAAGUGUCUAAAGGAGUACGUGACCGAGGGGCUCCCCUUACCUUUGGAGGAGGAGGAGGAGGAGGAGGGGGAAGAAGAGGAGAAGGAAACUGAGGAGGUGAAGGUGGUGAAGGAGGACACAGAGGCAGAGGGGACAGAAAACUGGGAUGUGGAGGUGGCAGAGGUGGAGAAUGGAGAGGUGGUGGAGGUGGUGGAGCAGGAGGUAGAGAGGGAGGAGGAGGAGGAGGAGGAGGAGACACCCAGGGAGCUCACACCGGUCCCGGUGUUACCAGAGAGGAACGGAGAAGUCCAUGAAGAGGUGGAGCAGAAGCUGAUUGUCAGCUCUGAAAAGGAGGUGCACAUCGAGCUGCGACCACGUCUGUGCGUGAUUCAACGAGGGUCCAAUGGAUAUGGCUUCAACCUGCACAGCGAGCGGGCGCGGCCGGGCCAGUACAUCAGAGCGGUGGAUGAAGACUCUCCAGCUGAGAGGGCCGGCCUGCAGCCUAAGGACAGGAUAGUAGAGGUGAAUAGUGUGUCUGUGGAGGGGAAGACGCAUUCAGAGGUUGUUGCCGCCAUUAAAGCGGGAGGAGACGUGACCCGGCUGCUGGUGGUGGACCCAGACACCGACGCCUUCUUCAAAAGAUGCAGGGUGACCCCCACCUCUGCGCACUUAAAUGGUCCUCUUCCAGAGCCUGUUGUUAAUGGGGAAACGGAAGAGAAGGUGAAUGGGAGAGUGAGCAAAGAAACAGAGAGGAACUCAAAGCUCUCAGUAAGUCCUUCGCCGUCCAACGCAUCGUCCAACACCUCCCUCACAACCCCGAGUGCAAACACUCCACCUGAGGGUUUUGUCACAAACGCCAUCCCGGCUCUCAACCUCACCCUGCAGCAGGUCAAAGAGCUCACCCACCAGAAACGCUCCAACAAGAGAGCCCCGCCCAUGGAUUGGACCAAGAAAAACGAGCUCUUCAGCAACCUAUAGGACACCUCAGUUCCCCUGAAACACACAUUUUUAUUUUUGGAAAUCUUUCCAAGAGAUAUCAGAGAGAGGUAUUUUAUUACGAUGAUGAUGAAAGAGAAGUACACCAUAAAGAGUUAAUGCUGUUCUGUAAAAAAUAGUAUUCUUCUAAGUAAUAUUCCUCAUGUUAUUAUAAUCCAUAUAUAAUACUGUUUAUUUUUAUGUUCUUCUAACCAGACAAUAUAUAUAAAGAUAUAUAUAUAUAAAAAACGCCGAUGAAACAAAGAUCUAAGUUCUCUUUUUCUGAGUGUGUGUCUUACCAAGCAUGUUUGUUUGACUCGUGAGGGAAUAUGAAGGAGCUGCAGAUUUUAAUGAAUCACUGUCCAAAAAAAACCUCAAACAGCUUGACAAUCAGUCAGUUAACAACUUUAUCCAUUUUUUUUUUUUUUUUUUUUUUUUUUACCAAAUUCUUAAUUUGUGACUUGUUAAAUGAAAGCCUAAAAAAAAACUUUCUGUGUCUGUAGGUUUAGUGGUUUGGGCAAAGUGUUUAAAAAGAAAUAAACAUAUCUCUUUAUUAUCUUUAUUCCAGCCCUAAAAGGUAAGCCACAAUGAUUUAUUGAAAUAUGAAUUAUUUCAUGUUUUUCUCUAAUAACACAUCAUAAAAGACAGAAAUAGUCUGUUUAUGCCGCCUUGCUAUAUAAAUGAUUUUACCUUAUAAGAAUGCAGAUAUGUUUUGGAGAUACAUAGAGCAAAUACUGCAAAUUAGAUUAGAAGUCUAAAGGAAAUGUAAAAUUUUAUUAGAAUAAAAGGAAGACUCUUUUUCUGACUUUUGUUCAAUUUUACACUUUUGAAAUACAUUUAUAUGCAUUGUGUGCUGCAUCUUUAUUUUAUUUUUCCCCCCACUCAAGUUUUCCCCCUUUUUGUAACUUCUUACAUCAUCCAUUAACGUUAUAGAACUUCCAUGUGUCUGUUGAAAAGAAGUAUCCCCACAGCAUAAUGCUGCCACCGCUUUGAUUCAGGUUAGGAAAGCUGAAAGCUAACUUUCAGCUGCUUGUAGAUUUUUGCAUGUAAUUUUAAACCUUGGAAAAAUUCUCUUUAAUGCCAUAUGCGAUAAUUGGGGUUUCUUUUUAUCUGCUUAGGAUUCAAUAGAAAUAGGUAUUUUGCUUUUAAAAU